CUAGGUUUUUAUACUCUUGUGAAGCAAAAAGACAUAUAUUUAAGUUAGAGGGCAUUGCAUCCAUGAAAUCCUAACAUAUUUUAGCCAAAGAGAAAACUUUUAAAAUGUGCCACUCAUUCCUUAGAGCUAACCAAACUUCCCAGGAACCACAGUACAUUGCAUUUUAAAAUGUCCAAGCGUGGAAUCAGUGUGUUCCAAAUCCUCAACAAAGUAAUUUAGGAUUUUCUAGUUGGCCAAACCCUCAAGAGGGUCCACCUCUCCAAUAAGCGCGUGGCAAGGACUGUGAAGUGAAACUCGCCACAGAUAACCACACAUUCUCCGUAAGAGCAUCCAAUUUCCUCUUUCUCUUCAUCUGUCUGGCAGGGAAGCACACUGGCACACAUGCUAACUUUCUGCACAUGCCCUGAGAUCUAAAAGGAAACAGUGUAUCAAUCUUAGCCCAGCACUGAUUCAAAACUUCUUGAAGAGUGUUGAUGGUUUCCCAAAAGGACUUCCUAAAAGUGUCACACUGUAUCUUCACUCCAAUUGUCAAUUCAAAAAACCAAAGCAAUGAGCUGCUUGCACUUUUAGUUUUCUCUGAAAUGUCCAGGUUAGGCCAUCCAUCCCCCUCUCUUACGCUCCUAAGGAAGUAGAUGAGGAUUUCAAACUUGCUACAUGAGGGAAUGAGGGAAUGAGGUGUAUAGCUCUUAAAACAUUUCUUUAAACCUAAUACCAAAAUAACACACAGGUCCAGGGAUAGUAGUUAUCACUUCUUAGGGAAUGUUGACACAUAAUCUGUCACAGAUCUGGGGAUCACAAGACUAACAGCAAUGUCUGAAGAAACAAAACAAAGUGAAACAGACAACAACAACAACAGCAAAAAUAAAAACACUGUCCUUCAACAUACAAACUCCUUGCAAGCCCAGGCUGUAAGGGCACAGAAGAUGAUUUGAUUUUCAAAUCAAGAUUUAUCCUUCCACUUGGUUGUGAUUUCAUACUACUUUCCUCAACAUUUUAACCCCUAUUAUUACAUAUGAGGUGUUCAAUAAGGUCGCUGAAUGUGAAUAAGUAAAAGCAAACAUUGGGGUUGGAGAAAUAAUUGGGCAGCUAAAAGCAUGUUUCUGGUACCCACCUCAGUGGCUCACAAUCACAAUUCCCAGUCCCAGGGAAUCUAACACCUCUGGCCUCUGAGGGCACCUGAAUGCAUACUCACCCUUAUACAUAUAAUUUAAUAUAAUAAAAUAUCCCAGAUGUUAGGAGUGUGGCUGAGUGGAGGCGCCUGCUGAGCCAGUGAAAGCACUGGACUCGAUACUCAGUGAACAAGAUCAAUAACUAUACUGGCAAAUGCUCUGAAGGUCUAGAGAUAAAGAGGUUCUAGAAAAUGUGGGUAUUACAGAAGCCCGCAAGGGGAAAUGAGGAAGGAGAACCAGUAUAAGAAAGCAGAACCUUUACUUCACAAGCUAUUCGGUGGUUGAGCUAAUGACUGUCACAACUCAUACAGCUGAGUGUCUUCCCAAACAAAGCUGAUGCUCGGGACGGUCAACACCACUGGGAUGCAGGGCUUCAACAAGUCUGAGAGGUGCCCCAGGGACACUCGGAUGACACAGCUGCUGUUCCCAGUGCUCUAUACUGUGGUCUUCUUCACAGGCGUCCUGCUGAACACCCUGGCCCUCUGGGUGUUCAUCCACAUCCCCAGCAAUUCCACCUUUAUCAUCUACCUCAAAAACACCCUGGUGGCAGACUUGAUAAUGACACUAAUGCUCCCUUUCAAAAUCCUUUCUGACUCACGCCUUGCGCCCUGGCAGCUCAGGGGUUUUGUGUGCACUUUCUCAUCCGUGGUCUUUUACGAGACAAUGUAUGUCGGCAUCAUGAUGCUGGGUCUCAUCGCUUUUGACAGAUUCCUCAAGAUCGUCGUACCGUUUAGGAAAACUUUUGUGAAAAAGACUGCUUUCGCAAAAAUAGUCUCCAUUUCCAUCUGGCUCCUGAUGUUCCUCAUCUCCCUGCCGAACAUGAUCUUGAACAAAGAGGCAACGGCAUCAACCGUGAAGAAAUGUGCGUCCCUAAAGAGUCCCCUGGGGCUGCUGUGGCAUCAAGUAGUCAGUCACACAUGCCAGUUCAUUUUCUGGACUGUGUUUAUUCUGAUGCUUCUGUUUUACACGGUGAUUGCCAAGAAGGUAUACGACUCCUAUAGGAAGUUUAAAAGUAGGGACAGCAAGCACAAGCGGCUGGAGGCGAAGGUAUUUAUCGUCAUGGCUGUCUUCUUUGUCUGCUUUGCCCCGUUUCAUUUUGUCAGAGUACCAUACACCCACAGUCAAACCACCAACAAGACUGACUGUAGAUUAGAAAACCAGCUGUUUCUUGCUAAAGAAUCAACUCUCUUCCUGGCAACAACUAACAUUUGUAUGGACCCCUUAAUAUAUAUCAUCUUGUGUAAGAAGUUCACCCGGAAGGUACCAUGUAUGAGAUGGAGGACAAAGACAGCGGCGUCCAGCGAUGAGCACCACAGCAGUCAGACAGACAACAUCACCCUAUCCUGACCACUUUGUCCCACAGGCUAAUUUCACACAUUUUUCUAUGUGAGGAUAGGUCUUCAAAAGGCCAUUUACGUGGAGACUUCAUUUAAGCAUUACAGGAAAAAAAGAGGGGAACAAACAGUUUCCUACAUUUUAUUAUCCUCGUGUACGGAAAAGAUUAUGCCCAUUUUAACCACAUAGCUGUAUUUGCAAGCAGGAUGAAUUAACAUUAAGAGAACAUGUAAUAAAGCAAAUGACCACUAGAUGUCACCUUUUCAAGAACAUUCGUGUAAUUAUGGAAACAGUUAAUGGGAAACAGGUUUGCCUAAAAAAACCUCCCUUCUAGUUACCAUCCCAUGUUCUCACACACACACAAGUCCAAAAACAUCAUGCUGGGUUUUUAUAGCCUUUAGAAUGCAGACACUUACGGACAGAAACCAACAGACUUGUAUAUCCAGUGCCUGUACAGGAAAGGGUGGGGGCUGAAAGAGAUACAGUCUGAUCAAAAUAAACCCAGGAAUCUCAAAAGAUUUCCUUCCUACAAGUGCAAAGGGUUGCUUCUGCAUCUAAACAGAGCACCAGAAGAGAGGCACACGCGACAGGCAAAGCCAGUUUACAGCCAUGUUCAAUCUGAGAUGGGGGACGAGGUGUCAAUCAUCUGCACCCUGUUGGGAAAUAAUUAUUUCUCCCACUGUUUGUCUAUAUAUUAGGGUCCUUGUUACACGUUGUCUUAUACUGGUUGCUUUAAUUCUUGACCACAUCUCCCAAACACAGGGUUCUUAAAAAGACAGAUAAAUCAUACAUUUUUAUUAUCUUCCAAAGUUUCCCCCCCCCACAUUCCCCCCAAAAAUGGACUGCAUAUAUCCCAAACAGGAUGCACUCUACUAACUAUGUAUAGAACUGUGUAUCUUUAGUGCAUAUAAUCAAUGGAACGGUAGGCCUGUGGUUAGUGUUAUCCAUGUGGGAUGACUUUUUGAAGCCUGAUUAAUUUUAUUUGGGCCCAUUUACUUCCCUAGAUUUCUUUACAGGUUAUAAAAAAAAAAAAAAAAAAGUGAAGUGUGUGGCUGAUGUUGGCUUUUCUAGAGGACAUGAGGACUCUUCCUCUAACUGGCCUGUAAUAAGAAAUCUAGGCUUCUCUCCUUCCGUGGCCUCAGAGACCACAGAGGCCAGGAUUCUCUGGAAUUCUUUGCUAACCGUGACCUCACGGACUCAAGUUUAAUAUGGCGUGCUUUGUCCUCACCCCACUGUCUGAGGAACCUGCCAUUUGACUAACCUUAUAAGUUCCUAUCAGUUGGUGAAACUUAAAAGUUGCUGUCCUUUACUCCAGGUGACCUCACCUGUCCAACCUCCCCCUGUUCCUCCAGCUCAUUCCUCAUCUGUGUGACGUCAUCCCUCAACUAGUUAUCGAAUUGAUUUAGGAUAAUUCACUAAAGUAUGCACUGUGCAAUUAAUAAAUGUUUGCUAAAACAAAUCAAAA